AUGGCUGACGCACUGUCCAGGCCCUCUCUCGCCCACCUCCAGCUUUCACCCGGGAUUGAACUCGCCGAGAUGGCCGCUGAAAAACGCCAUCUCGGUUCAUCCUGUGAUGAGGAUGUUUCCGGACUCCACCUUCAGGAGCUACCACUGACAACUGGCAACGGCACCAUUCUAUGCGACGUAUCCACCCCAUCCCAUCGUCCAUUUUUGCCACCAUCCCUCCGCCGUAAAGUUUUCGCCUCCCUGUACAAUCUCUCUCACCCUGGGAGUCGAGCUACCGACAAGCCGGUUUCCGACCGCUUCGUCUGGCCUGGGAUGCACAAGGACCUCAAAGCAUGGGCACGGGCUUGUAUUGCCUGUCAACGGAGUAAGGUCCAGCGGCAGAACAAGACCCCCAUUGGCAGCUUCCCCGGCCCUGGCGCAAGGUCGAGCCACGUUCACCUGGACAUUGUAGGCGCCCUGCCGCUGUCAACUGGUUGUUCCUAUCUUCUCACCUGUGUGUAUCGGUUCACCCGGUGGCCUGAAACUGUCCUCCUGACGCGAGAUGAAGUGGCCCUACUCCAAGCGCCUGUCGCAACGCACGGCCUCUCGCGAAUGUCUGCACACGCGCAUCAGGGCUGUUUGGCAUUAGCCUUACUCGGCUUAGGCUUCUGCGAAACGUUCGCCGUCCGCAGUGGAUCGGCGCCUGUUCUACGUCGCUCCCCGUUCAAGACGCUGGAUAGACACAAGCGACGGAAACGGUUCUGA